UAUUUUGGAGCUUUAAAAAGCUCUGUUUAGGCGCCAAGUACCGCUGAAGAUCUACAGCCCUCUCUUUCUCUCAUUGAAAAACCAGUUGAUCGCUCCAAAGCUGAAGCUUGGUUAGAAUCCGUCCCUCUAAAUCUGAAGCAGCCCUUUAUAUACUGGUAUUGAUGAUGUUCUGCGUAACAAAAUAUUGAAGUUUGUCGGUCCAUGAUUAAAGAGAGCAACAAUGGCAAACAUUCGGGCACAUGGACAGUUGAUCCUUCAAGAUCAAUAUUUGGGCAUUCAUCGUAAAGGGGCUUCUGUUGAUGGAAAAGUGAAGAAUUCUAAAGAAGCUAAGAAGAAAGGUGCAGGGGGACUUGGUAAUCGGAAAGCCCUCAUUGAUAUUACCAACUCAUCUUGCCUUCGUCAAGAGGCCUCAUCAAAGAAGAAGAAGAAUUUGAAGGAGUUCAAUAUUGCUGAAGAAAUGUGUUUGCACGAUCACAGAAAGUGCAUGGAGGAACGGACAGUAGCUAUGGAUCGUUAUCGCCAGGAUAAGUUUCUUUUAGAUUUUGAGACAGUAUCUCCAGUGGCAUCUCCAAAGUCCAAAACAUCUAAGGCUGGUGUUGAUAGCCCUCCCAGGUCUCCAGAGUUGAUGCCAUCACCUGAACUGCCAAAGUCUUCAUGGUUGAACAGGGACUCUCCAAAUCUGUGGGAGUCUCCUCCUUCUCCUGUACGAUUUGAGCUACUUAUUGUUGAUUUUGUUUUCAAGCCAGAUGCCAACAAUUAACCGGGUAGCAUCUGGUGGACAGCCAACUCCAGGAUGGUUGAGCAGGGACCUCCUUAUUCCCAGUGCAAUUUCAGCCACUCUUUGAUUUUGUUCUCAAGCGAGAUGCUAGUGGUUAAAGGAGUUACUUUUUUCUUUUGAUAUGCAGCCAUAUUCCCCAUUUGCAGAUUUCAGAACAAAAUUCAUUAUAUGCUUCCAUUGAAUGUCAGCAUGCUAGAAGUAUUUUUA